AUGGGGGACGCCGAAGGAGCCUACCGUCGUUUGUGCCGCUGGUGGUGCGAGGACGUGCCGUGCCAGCCGGAUCCGGCACUGAGCCGCGCUCUGCUGUUGUUGGCCUUCCUUGUUCACACCUACUUGUGGCAAGGAGGUCUCACUGCCUUCAUCCACGACCUCACCGGCAGCAGGGCCAACGUGGACCUUGAGAACGAGGAGGGUGGCCUGCACGAAUUCCCUGAAAACCUCGCCACCGAAUGGGCCCGCAGCGCCUCGGUACACCCCGCGGUGCUCGCGCCUUUCCUCGUGACCUUCGAGCCCAAUUUGGCGCCCGCGCCCUCCGCGGAGCACAUCUCCAAUUGCCUGACCCACCUGCGGAGCCUUCUGCUGGUCUGCUGGGUUUUGGCCGCCUGUCUCCUCUUCUCCCUGCACUUCUACCGGAAGUCCACAACUCUUCGAGCGUCUGCGUCUGUGGCGUGUGUCUUCGUGGCCUUGGUGAACUUCUACUUCCAGGGCUUCGCGGCCCGGCUGUCGGACCCUCUGGUGCCCGCCUGGGCCAUGGUCUUCGUGGCCGUGGCGCAGGUGGCAGACGGGGGGAAGUGCGGCUGGCCCUCCGGGUGGUGCUGCAAAGCCUUGCUGGCGCUGCUGUGCUUGUGCUACUUCCUGGCGGGGUGCUACAAGCUCAGCGCCUGCGGACUGGAGUGGAUGGAUGGUCGCGUGCUGUCCUUCUACGCGAAAGCUUACAUGGCAGAAGAAAGCUGGAGCGCCGCCAUGUACUCAGCGAUGGAUCGGCAUCACGUGUGGCCGGCGCUGUGCAGCUGCGGUUUGCUCUUCGAGCUGCUGUGCCCGGUGGCGCUUGUGCUGGAGACAGCUCGAAGGCCGGUCAUCUUCCUGGCGAUCAUCUUCCACGUGGGGAACUUGUGCCUCAUCACUUUGAACGGCGACCGCUUCCUGUCCUGGGUCUGGAUUCUGCUCUUCAUCCUUGACGUGCCCGCCUCGCUCUUCCGGAUGGCUUUGGGACUGCAGGAUCAGCUGAUGCUGGAGGGCCAGCGCGGCGCUGACGCCUUCUUGCUUGACCCGCCGGUGCUCGCAGAAGCCAAGAUGCUGAAGGAGAAGGAGUCCGCGGGCGUGCGCCACGCCUGCAGCGUGGGCACCACGCUGCUGCUUGCGCUUUGGCUGAGCACCUCUUUGUUUCGCUGCGCACGGCUCACCCACACAGACUGGCCGUUUGUGGCGCCGGACAUGUUCUCGCGCGUGGGCGUGUGGUCUUUGCGGGAGCCCUUCCCGGACGUGCUGGCGAAGGCAGCGAGGCCCCGGAAGAGGCUGCGCUUUCAGGCCGCCACCUGA